GACUGGCCUCGAGGGAUCUUUGACAAUCUGAACAAUGACUUCCUGCAAGCUGCCAGCUCCUUACCGAAGUGGUCUGACGCAAGCGCCCAAUCACGCCCUACAAAGAUUUCUUUCAAUAUUGGGGUACACAUGUUAUCCGCAAAGCUAUUGUCGGGUCACGAUAUUAGCUGAAAGUCCAAGCCAGUAACGUUGCUUCUGCCGACAAAGAAAGCUUCGGUGCAAGCGAUAAAGUGCAAUACGCCGGAAUCCUCGGAUCUAGGCUGGCAUGAAAGGCGAGAAGAUGGAGAACCGCUACAAAAAUUCAGUUCAAGGGGAAGCCGUGCUCAUCGGAGGGAGCGAGGAAAAAGGCAAGAUCUUGGCUCAUAGCAAUGACGAUGAGAAUGCUUUCAAGGAAGGGGCCGAGAGUCGGGGAACCGGAGAAAACGAAACAAUUACAAACAUUGAAGUGGACGCUAUUGGCGAGCUACUCUGUCAGAGUGACAACCUAGAGCACCAAAGAGCUGGCAGGGAUCUGGAAACGGCUCCGCAGGUCCUAUUACACGGACCGAAAUCCGUUCCUAUUCGAGUUCAGGGCUACAUCACAGCACAUCCUCAGCGCCAAGUAGGAUAUGUGUCGAUGGAAGCGUGGGGCGCCUCUGUGAGCAUCCAUGUCGAGGGCCAGGGGCGCACGAUGGUUACACAGAAGAGGCCCCAAAAACUCACACUGUGGAACCCCUUCGACUUCAGCUCUCUCGGCGGCAACGUACCGAUGAUAAUCGCCGACAUUACUGUGCAAGGAGUCGCUCAAGAGCCAGUCCCAAUUGCCAAUUGGACUGGCGCGGAAGUGUACAUGAGGCUUUUUCCCCAAGGAGUUGAGGGGGCUAUUACCCUACAAUUUGAGAAAGGUACAAAGGUGGUCCUCCCUAGCCUUGCCGCAGUUGGAACUUACAAGGCAAGCUGAGCUAAGUUACUGUCUGUACUGCGAUUUCUUUGUCGGUUGCAGCAACGCGAUUGAUUGUUGUUAUUCUUGUGACGGGAAGACCACGGGAGAUUGUUCUUUUCCUUUUUCAGCUUAGGUU